AUGGCUGAGAAUGCCCAUGCGGCCGACUCGGCGGCUCCACGACCAGUGCAUCCGUUCUUUGCACAGAAUCGCGCGUGCACAUCCGUUUCUAUUGAGCCAACUCAGAGCGAUGCACAGGCUUUAGAUGGGACCGCUGUUCUCCCGCCCAACACUCCUGCAGAAACGAAAACGAGCCAUGAUGAUGCCACGCAAAACACGGAUUCAUGCCGUAGCCGACGGCGCAAGGCCGACCAGGAGCCGAAAGAAGAGGAUACGCAGAAGAGAACGCGGCCAAGCAAACGGACAAAAAAUGUGACAAGCGGGGGAGACAUUGGGCAUCUUUUCCUGAAGCUCAGCAACGGAGUGGAAGGUGAGAAACGGUUGCGGCAGGGCAACUCGAGUUCCAAUCCAUCUGGACAGGAUGAAGUCUCCCACGAGACGAACAAUGUGGCUCCUAACGACCGUGGAGGACCGACCAAUGAUCCCGACAUGAAGCCUCCCCAGAUCGCAGACCCCUCCAAGGCCUUGAUCACUGGCUGUGUUCCCGAGCCGACUGAAUCCCCACGAGCAGCAGAGGGCACCCCGACGAAACCGAGGAAGAUGUUGCAUUUCAACCCAAAAACAGGCACGAUAGGUUCGCCGCCAAAGCCUAAGGAGCCCCGGCCUGAUGCAAAAGAGGCGCAUGAAAUCGAGAAGAUGGUGGGCAGGCGUGGCCGAAAGCCGGCUUCCAAGAUUGUGCGUAUUGUUUACGGAACUGAUCCGAAUGUUCGCGUCAAUCUGGGCAAAUUGAUCGAUGGCAUCCUCGGCGGGAAAACACGGCACCUUUUCACCGGCUCCAAGAAGACGAACUCCCUCAACAUCAAGCAAGACUCACCAAAAGCUGGUGACGAGACACCAACAGCGAAACCAUCAAAAGCCACUCACCCCUUCUUUCUGGGUCGAACCAAGGCCACCAAUUCGGUCGCUACGGAUCCUAAACCUAAGAAGCCUGAUCCGUCCUCGAGCAGUAAUACGGUGCAUUACUGCUCAACACCGUGCUCACCGAGAAAGUCCCGUGCGGUGUCGGCUUCUAAGGUUCCAAUGCCGCAAUUUGGUGUGAAAAAUCUAGGCUUGAAGUUCCCAGGCGCCAAACUUCCAGCUUGGCCGUGGCAAGGCAUGGUGCACGUCCGAGGCGACGUGGACGAGUUACCAGGGCUUGAGAACGAGCCCAUGCUGGUUCCUUUUCGGAAAUCGAAGGGCAAUGCUAUAAAGAUGAUGCCCAGAGAGUCCGUAAUCAGUAUUCUUGCUGAUUCAAUGGAGUUACCCCUCGUUGCCGAGACUGUGAGAACCGUCAACACGGAUGAGUUUAUCCCUCCUCCUCCAGAGCUUCGUCUCCCACAGAAGCACUUUGAGAGUGGGAGCAAGCUUCAAUCCAGAGUACUCUCCCAACUGAAAACUUUUCAGCCCUCCCUCGCAAACAGAGCCUCCGCAUCAGAAACGGCCUCUAUCCGUGGGAAUCACGGUAGCAUGGGAGCUCCUCCCCAGCUUGCCCGACUCUUCAGCCGCAUAUCUUCGUCGCUCUCAGCAUUCGACAUGUCACAGUGUGAGACUGCCAACUGGGUACAGAAGUAUGCUCCAACGAAUGCCACUGAGGUGCUUCAGCCGGAACGGGAGAUAUUCUUCCUGAGAGACUGGCUUCAGGCCUUGAUGGUGCAGUCGGUAGAUACAGGCUCGGGAGAACCCGACAAGCCGAAAACUGGCCAGAAGACGAAGUUCUCGGAUGCCGGCAGACGGAAGCGCAGGAAGAAACUCGACGGUUUCAUCGUCUCGAGUGAGGAUGAAGGUCAUGAGUGGUAUGAUCUGUCCGAAGGCGAGGAUGACUGGGCUCCGAGUGGCUUCCGGGGCAUUGUCCGCAAGACGGUCAUGAGGUCCAGCAACCGACUGAAAGGCAGGGAUGGUGACAAGACCGCAAACACGCUGGUCAUCAGCGGUCCGCAGGGAUGUGGCAAGACUGCCGCAGUGUACGCCGUGGCCAAAGAGUUGGACUUCGAAGUUUUCGAGAUCAACGCGAGCAGCCGAAGGAGCGGAAAAGACGUGCUGGAGAAGAUUGGCGAUAUGACAAGGAAUCACCAUGUCCAACAACACCACUCGUCCGAGGCACCGAACAAUGAAGAUACGGCAGCAGACGACGACGACGUGGCCAAGGACAUCAAGUCGGGAAAGCAAUCAACUAUGAAAGCUUUCUUUGAAGCGAAAACGAAAGGGAGAAAAUCCAAGCAGCCAGCGAAAAGUCAAACCAAGGGUUUGGAAGCCGAAGUCAAAAAGGAGCCUUCCAAGUCUCAGCGGCAAUCGCUGAUCCUCUUGGAAGAAGCUAAACGCCCAUUCAUUAUGACUUGCAACGAUGAAACGCUCAUUCCACUCCAUACGCUGACGCUUCACGGCAUCUUUCGACUCAGCACUCCCCCCAAGGAUCUUGCGGUCGACCGCCUGCUUCUCAUCGCGGCAAACGAAGGUCAUGCCCUGACGAGGGAAUCGGUCGAGCAGCUUUACGACUCUCGCGGUGGUGAUCUGCGGGCGGCAACGAUGGAUCUGCAGUUCUGGUGUCAGAUUGGCGUGGGUGACCGAAAAGGCGGCUUGGACUGGUUUUACCCACGCUGGCCAAUGGGUGUCGACCUGGACGAUAAUAAGGAGGUGAUCAGGGUGGUGAGUCAGGAUACAUACCGUCUAGGGAUGAACCUGCUAGGGCGGGACCCUAUCACGGAUUCCAAAAUCCCUCCGCGGCUCGUUGAAGAAGAAGUUCUCCGUCAAAUUUGGGAGUCAUGGGGUCUCGAUGCGGGACACUGGCAGGACUCGCCGGAAUUCGCAUGUUGGGCAGAGAGCUUAGCUCCGGUUUCCAUGACCCCUGCUGGUCGACUGCCCGCAUUGGAGGCGUACGAUGACCUUGCUUCGGCGAUAAGUGUAGCAGAUGUGUGCUCUUCCAAGUCCUUUGCUGCGUUCAAGGAGGAGCCGAUGGACACCACUCAACCCGAGCAGCCAGCGAAGAUUCGCGAGGACUUUGUCCUCGGCAUUACACAUCUCGAUUCGCCCGUCAUCACUCACUACAGCGGACUUCCGACUUCGAUUGCCUGUACAAUAAAAUCCCUUGCGAAGUCAUCGCUGUCGCUACAUGCUGGAACGUUCGGGCAACAAGCGGUUGCUAUACUCCAUCCUCUUGAUGAGACACAGGCCAUCCGGUAUCUCCAGAAGAGCUUCACGUCUACGAUUCCGGGCACUGCAGUCAUCGAUCGCAUGGACUUUGCCUUCGCGUUCGACCCCAUUGCCGCUCCGGAUCCCUCUCCACUUCAACCGGUAUCCUAUCUCGAGCCUUCGGUAUUUGAUCGCACCCUAAAACUUAUCACUCUUGACGUGGCACCGUACGUUCGCAGCAUCGUCGCCUACGAGUCACACCUUCAAAAGCAGCGGGUCAAGCUGAGCACUCUCGUGAGCGAAGGUGGCAAAGGUGCUAAUAGUUCGAAGCGGAUGCGCACCACUCGGGCAGCGCUCUCCGCGCUCGAGGGUGGUUCAAGGAGCACCACAAGGGCCGAGAGGUGGUUUAAGGCUGAUAUCAAUCCCUACUUGGUAGCAAAAACCGCGGGUAAGGACUGGAACGGCUUCGGGACGAGGGAUCCGGAGCCGCCGAAUGGAUCCACGAAGGGCUCCAUGCACAACUCUCCCCAAACCUCCCCCGACACGACCCCCACGAAGACCUCCAAGAAGGCAGGUUUGAAGAGCAGGAAGCGGAAGAAGGUUCUCCGGGACGGCGAUUAUGAUAAUGAUGAUGAUGCUGACGGGCUUGGCUGCCCACCUGGCGACGUCUCUAGUUGA